AUGUUGAAAGCAGGCUUAUUGCCAUCACCGACGAUCUCUGCAUUAUCAUCGAGUUUAGCAGCUUCGAAAAACAAAAUCGAUACACAAACAUUUGUUGAAUUACGAACUGACAUUCCACAUGUGAGAAUCUACUUCAGUGUAGAUGGAACCAAACCUGAUCCAUUUCAAGUAUUUAAAACUGGUCAUGUAUCGACGUUUCUGUAUCGUGGUGCAUUUCGCCUUGGACCAGGACGACGUACGGUCAAAGCAAUCGCUGUUACAACUGAUGGACUACGGGAAAGUAACAUAACAACAAAAUAUUUCGAUGUGAAUGACAUGUAUUCGGAAGCAUAUCAGGAAGAUACCGAGAAUAACGAAUCAUUCGAUCAAGCCAAUCUUAGUCCAGAACGAACUCCACCUUUGAACAAAAAGAAAAAACCAUAUCAUAAUACGGAUCAUCGUCGAUCAACUUCAGCUAAUCAAGCAAGAAAUGAUAUCGAUCGAACUCAAUGGGACGAUGGAUACAAUGUUCAAAGCACUAUCGAAGGUGCUAUUUCACCUGUAAACUAUGCAGGCACACAAAUUAACAUUUGGGGUACACCAGGAGGUAACAUGACAGAUGGAUUAAUGCAUCUUGCUGAUUCGGGUAAAAACUAUGGAUAUAUGACAGAACAAAUGCUUGAACGGCUCCAACCAUCGAGGAAUUUACCGAUUGCACCACCGAAAAUAACUGACGUUAGUCAGGAAGAUGAUUUUUGGGAUCGAAAACCAACUGCUUUUAGUUCUGGCAAUGGCAACUGGAAGAAAACGCUUGAACAUCUCUUUUUAAACAUCUACAACUAUGUCAAAGAUGAACCAGAACUACGUGAGAUUUUCGGUUGGAAGAAAUUCGGACGAAUUGAAAUGGCACAAUUGACUGACAAAGGUGGUUACUAUCAAAUCAUCACGAGAUUUAAAAAGCCACUAGGUGAACAGACAACGUAUGAAGAACCAGCACCGGUCAAAAAACCGCCUCCAAAACGACGACCACCAAAACGUAUUCGAACACCACCUGAUAGUGAAAGGGAAUCGAUUCCACCCAGAGACGUCACACCACCACCGACGCCGCCACCACCCGUUUCGAAUAAACAUGAUGAGUCGAUGCAUGAAGAACAUACGGAUCGUACACCACGCAUCUAUGUCGAAGAAACUGUGCAACAAGGAACACUAGUACCAUUUGCUGAGUUCAAUGUUGAGCGAGAUUGUGAGAAUCUUCGUAAGGCAAUGAAAGGCUUGGGAACUGAUGAAGAUAUGAUUGUUCAUAUACUUGGUAAUCGUAGUAGCGAGCAACGAGUGAAAAUUCGUGACCAGUACAAGAAUAUGUUUGGUCGAGACUUGCAUAAUGACAUUAAAGGCGAUACAUCCGGAAAUUUUGGCAAAGUCUUGAAAAAUCUUCUGUAUGGACCUGUUGAAUAUGACUGCCAUGAAUUGCGACGAGCUAUUCGUGGAGCAGGAACAGAUGAAGAAGCACUAAUUGAAAUCUUAGCCAGUCGUUCCAAUACGCGCAUCAAAGCAAUUAACAAUCUCUACCAACAAUUAUUCAAUCGAACGUUAGAAAAGGACAUUGUCGGUGAUACAAGUGGACAUUUGAAGAAAAUAUUAAUGGUAUUAGCACAAGGAGAUCGACCGGAAACCAACGAAGUAAAUGAAGAUCAAGCUGAGAAUGAUGCAAAGACUCUGUACGAAGCAGGUGAAAAGAAAUGGGGUACAGAUGAAUCCAAGUUUGUCGAGAUUAUUGCCAGUCGAAGUAAUGCACAGCUGAAGGCUGUUUGUGAAGCUUAUGGACAUUACAGUAAAAAAGAUAUUGAAGCAGCAAUCAAAUCUGAAACAAGUGGAAACCUCUGUCGAAGUUUAUUAGCUAUUGUUCGUGUCAUGCGUAAUCGGCCAGCCUAUUUCGCACAACAAUUGAAGAAAGCAUUGAAGGGUGUUGGUACAGAUGAGGAUGAGUUGAAUCGUGUUAUUAUAUCACGAUGUGAAGUGGACAUGAUUCAAAUAAAAGAAGAAUAUGAAACAUUGAUGAAACGAUCAUUAGAAAAACAUGUUCACAGCGAUACGAGUGGUUCAUAUCGAAAAAUUCUGAUGGAACUAUUGAAAGAUCCAAGCCAACGCAACCAAUCAGCUGGCAAUGCAAAAUAUGAAAAUGUGGCUCUACCUGGUUAUGAACAACCGGCUAUUUAUAAAGAAGAUACAAUUCAACAAGGGACAAUGAAAGCAGCAUCUAAUUUUGAUGCUGGACGCGAUGCUGAUGCCUUACGGAAAGCGAUGAAAGGGAUGGGCACCGAUGAACAAACUAUCAUCAAUAUUUUAGGAAAUCGAAACACCGAUCAACGGUUACAAAUCAAAAAAGCUUUUAAAGACAAACUGGGCCGAGAUUUAGUUCAUGACUUAAAAUCUGAAACAUCGGGCAAUUUUUCCAAGUUACUCGAACGAUUGAUGAUGGAUCCUGUUGAAUUAGAUUGUUUUGAAUUAAAACAAGCUGUCAAAGGAUUAGGUACUGACGAAGAAACUCUAAUCGAGAUCUUAGCAAGUCGCAGCAAUGAGCGAUUGAAAGCGAUUGUUACCACGUAUCCACAAUUGUAUGGAAAACCAUUGGAGAAAGAUGUCAAAUCGGACACGAGCGGAGAUUUCCGUCGAUUACUUGUUUCAUUGAUGCAAGGCAAUCGUCCGGAAACAACCGAAGUCAAUGUGGAAAAAGCGAAAGAAGACGCUCAAGCAUUGAUCGAUGCCGGUCAAGCUAAAUUCGGUACAGAUGAAGCAAGAUUUAAUGUUCUAUUCUGCGAUCGCAGUGAUCCACAAUUACGAGCGAUUUUUAAUGAAUUUGCAAAACUAACAGGAAAAUCUGUUGAGGAAACAGUGAAAAGUGAAACGAGUGGCGAUCUUCAAAAAGGUAUUAUCGCCAUUAUUCGAUGCGUGCGAAGUCGUCCCGUGUUUUUCGCUGAACAACUACGUAAAGCAAUGAAGGGAGCGGGUACGAAAGAAUCAACAUUGAAUCGUAUUAUCAUAACACGUUCAGAAAUCGAUCUUGUGCAAAUUAAAGCAGCAUUUAAUCAGCAGUUUAAUCGAGAAUUAGAACGGGAUGUCAGUGCGGAAACAAGCGGAGACUACAAGAAGUUACUGUUGGAAAUCCUCAAAGAUCCAUCGCAGCGUAAUUGA